GAGGCUGGGGAGCUCCAGGCCGGCCGGCGGUGGCGGCGGCAAGGCCGGGACUCGGGCUGAGGGCCUGCUGUGGCGGCAGCGGCGGACGCCGAGCUCUGCAGCGGGUUUCUCUGGAAACCCCCCUGGUAAGUGUGGAGGAGGCGGGACACUCUGACCCAAGACAAAAGGCUUGUAGCUCCAGCCAAAGAAAAUAAACCUUAGGGAGAAGGAAAAAAACAAAAAACAAAACCAACCCAUCAGCUGUUCCUGAGAACAGCCUGCAGUGGAAUCUACAGAGAGGACAACUAAUGUGAGUGAGGAAGUGACUGUAUGUGGACUGUGGAGACAGUAAGUCACGUGGGCCCUGAGGGCCUGGACUGGGUUAGCAACAGUUGUACAUGCUGAGGUGAGGUGCUGAGAAGGGAAAAGUGAAUGUGGUCUGGAGAGUGGCCUUGGCUUCACAGGGUGUGCUUUCCUCUGAGGCCAUCCGGGAGCUCAGCCCCUGUGUUCUGCCAGGGUGGGAUACAGGGUUUGGCACUGAGGAGGGUAACUUGCUGGCUGGAGCAGCAGAGCAGUGGCCUUGAUUUGUCUUUUGGAAGAUUUAAAAACCAAAAAGCAUAAACAUUCUGGUCCUUCAGCAAUGCUUUCUCUGAAGAAAUACUUAACGGAAGGACUCCUCCAGUUCACCAUUCUGCUGAGUUUGAUUGGGGUGCGGGUGGACGUGGAUACUUACCUGACCUCACAGCUUCCCCCGCUCCGGGAGAUCAUCCUGGGGCCCAGUUCUGCCUAUACUCAGACCCAGUUCCACAACCUGAGGAAUACCUUGGAUGGCUAUGGUAUCCACCCCAAGAGCAUAGACCUGGACAAUUACUUCACUGCCCGGCGGCUCCUCAGUCAGGUGAGGGCCCUGGACAGGUUCCAGGUGCCGACCACUGAGGUAAACGCCUGGCUGGUCCACCGGGAUCCAGAGGGGUCUGUCUCUGGCAGCCAGCCCAGCUCAGGCCUCACCCUCGAGAGUUCCAGUGGCCUCCAGGAUGUGACAGGCCCAGACAACGGGGUGCGAGAAAGCGAAACGGAGCAGGGAUUCAGUGAAGAUUUGGAGGAUUUGGGAGCUGUAGCCCCUCCAGUCAGUGGAGACCUAACCAAAGAGGACAUAGAUCUGAUUGACAUCCUUUGGCGACAGGAUAUUGACCUGGGGGCUGGGCGUGAGAUUUUUGACUAUAGUCAUCGCCAGAAGGAGCAGGAUGUGGAUAAGGACCUUUGCGAUGGAGCGGAGCAGGACGACACCUGGUCAGGCGAGGGUGCAGAAGCUCUGGCGCGAAACCUGCUAGUGGAUGGAGAAACUGGGGAGAGCUUCCCUGCACAGGUGCCUGGUGGGGAGGACCAGACGGCCCUGUCCCUGGAAGAGUGCCUUAGGCUGCUGGAGGCCACCUGCCCCUUUGGGGAGAAUGCUGAGUUUCCAGCAGACAUUUCCAGCAUAACAGAAGCCGUGCCUAGUGAGAGUGAGCCCCCAGGUCUUCAGAACCACCUCUUGUCUCCUCUCCUGACGGGGACGGAGUCGCCAUUCGAUUUGGAGCAGCAGUGGCAAGAUCUCAUGUCCAUCAUGGAAAUGCAGGCCAUGGAAGUGAACACUUCGGCGAGUGAGAUCCUGUACAGUGCCCCUCCUGGAGACCCCCUGAGCACCAACUACAGCCUUGCCCCCAACACCCCCAUCAAUCAGAAUGUCAGCCUGCAUCAGGCAUCCCUGGGGGGCUGCAGCCAGGACUUCUCACUCUUCAGUCCCGAGGUGGAGAGCCUGCCUGUGGCCGGCGGCUCCACGCUGCUCCCGCUGGUCCCCAGCAAUUCCACCAGCCUCAACUCCACCUUUGGCUCCACCAACCUGGCGGGCCUCUUCUUUCCGGCUCAGCUCAACGGCUCUGCCAACGACACGGCCGGCCCCGAGCUGCCCGACCCGCUGGGGGGCCUGUUGGACGAAGCCAUGCUGGACGAGAUCAGCCUGAUGGACCUGGCCAUCGAGGAGGGCUUCAACCCCGUGCAGGCCUCCCAGCUCGAAGAGGAGUUCGACUCUGACUCAGGCCUCUCCUUGGACUCCAGCCAUAGCCCUUCCUCCCUGAGCAGCUCCGAAGGCAGCUCCUCGUCCUCCUCCUCGUCCUCCUCGUCGUCGUCGUCCUCGUCGUCCUCCUCCUCUGCGUCCUCGUCGGCUUCUUCCUCCUUUUCUGAGGAAGGCGCCGUUGGCUACAGCUCUGACUCUGAGACCCUGGAUCUGGAAGAGGCCGAGGGCGCUGUGGGUUACCAGCCUGAGUAUUCCAAGUUCUGCCGCAUGAGCUACCAGGACCCGGCCCAGCUCUCCUGCCUGCCCUACUUGGAGCACGUGGGCCACAACCACACGUACAACAUGGCGCCCAGCGCCCUCGACUCAGCUGAGCUGCCAGCGCCCGGCGCCCUCAAGAAAGGCAGCAAGGAGAAGCAGGCCGACUUCCUAGACAAGCAGAUGAGCCGGGAUGAGCAUCGAGCCCGAGCCAUGAAGAUCCCCUUCACCAAUGACAAAAUCAUCAACCUGCCAGUGGAGGAGUUCAAUGAGCUGCUGUCCAAAUACCAGCUGAGCGAGGCCCAGCUGAGCCUCAUCCGCGACAUCCGGCGCCGGGGCAAGAACAAGAUGGCGGCGCAGAACUGCCGCAAGCGCAAGCUGGACACCAUCCUGAACCUGGAGCGGGACGUGGAGGACCUGCAGCGCGAUAAAGCCCGGCUGCUGCGGGAGAAGGUGGAGUUCCUCCGGUCCUUGCGGCAGAUGAAGCAGAAGGUCCAGAGCCUGUACCAGGAGGUGUUCGGGCGGCUGCGGGAUGAGAACGGGCGACCCUACUCGCCCAGCCAGUACGCACUCCAGUAUGCCGGGGACGGCAGUGUCCUCCUCAUCCCCCGCACCCUGGCCGACCAGCAGGCCCGGCGACAGGAGAGGAAGCCAAAGGACCGAAGAAAGUGAGCCUGGGGAGGAAAGGGGGGUUGACGCUCACUGGGAUGGAAACUGGAGAAGGGCUGGGCCUGGACCUGGACCUACAGUGGGGACUUGAAUGCCUUCUUAUCCAGUAGAUCUUUUCAGAUGGGAUGAACUGCGGGUCAGUGGACAGGAAGAGGAGGGCGCAGGCGCUGUCUGGCUCGGCUUCCCGCCGUGGGGGGGGUUGGGGGGUGCGGAAGCAGCCAGACCGUUCGGGUGGACAGGGUCCUCACCCCUACUGUGUCCUCUGAGAGAAGGGGUGGUGCUGGCAUUGCUGGAGGCCGACCGAGGCGAGGGUAAAGGGGGGGCGGAUCUUGUGAGAGGAAAGUCGUAGAAAGUCUCAUUCCUGGAAGCAAGGAAGGAAGGAAGAGGGAUUAAAAAAACCCCAAAAAAAUCAAAGCGGGAAGAAAAUCAAAGGACAGGUUAAGGUUGGCUCUGGCCAGGAUACCAGGCGGCAGGUUUGAGGUGGGCCUAGGCCCUAUGCAUGAGUAAACCCCACUUCACCCCAGGGGAGGGUGGAACACAAGGUGGGAUCUGGGAGGGGCUUUGUGGGUCUUUCAGCUCCUGCCCUGUGGCAGCCCUGAGAGGGGAGCUCUUGGAUGUGUCCUGUGAUGUUCUCAUUUGGACUGGGACCCAACACUGGCUUGGGGGGCUAGGGUCAAAAAAGGAGAGGGAACAGGAAAGGGUCACGAGGCCCCCAUGCCGUGUUGCAGCAGCCCCAACACCAAGCAUGUCCCUCACUGCCCGGCCCCUCCAUCUCCCUCUGUGCCCGGUCCCGUCUCCCCCCCCCCCCCAGCUGAGGCCCCCCCACGUUUCCAUCAGAGCCUGCAUGCGAAUGCUGUUCUCUUCCCGCCCCUCCCCUCCCCGCUGCCUGAGCUCUGCUGCAGCUGGGGUGCCGGUGCACCCCUAGUGCUGAGCCUGCGGCCUCUGGGGGGCUGCUCUGAGGCAGGGCGUGUGGAGAAGCCAGGCAGUAUUCAGCACAACACUGGGGAGUGACCCUUCCCUCAGGCCUCCCCUGCCAACCACUGGGCAUGUCACUGGAGGACAAAACCACAAAACCCAGCAACAAAAACAAACUAGUCCUUUUAGAAUUUCUUGCGCUUUGAUUUUUUUAGGGCUUGAGCCCUGUUUCACUUAUAGGGUCUAGAAUGCUUGUUGAGUAAAAAGGAGAUACCCCAAUAUUCAAAGCUGCUAAAUGUUCUCUUUGCCAUAAAGACUCCGUGUAACUGUGUGAACACUUGGGAUUUUUUUUCUCUGUCCCGAGGUCUCUGUCUUCCUUUUUUUUUUUUUUUUUCCUUUUUUUUUUUUUUUUUUGGUUUCUUUCUAGGAGAAUGAGAAGUGCAUGUAAUGAGGGCUUGAGAGCACCUACCCCCCCCAGGCUCUCGGCCACAGGCUGCUUCUCUACACCCCCAGUUUAGCAAAGGGCCCUAGGCAGGAGGACUGCCUGGGGGAGGCAGAGAGGGGAGCGCCAAGGUGGCCAGAUGGUUCCAGGACCACAGUGUCUUUAUUUUUAACUGUUUGCCACUGCUGCCCCCACCCCUGCCUGGCUCCAGAGUACAGUCAGCCCAGACUAGGAGGGGUGAGUUGUGGGGAGAGAAGGACCGAUUCUCCUCCCCACUGGGGGGCAUUCUAACUGAGCAGUAGGGAAAGAAGGCAUGAGCCUGGGAAGUGCUUUUAUAAAUUAUUUUCCUUGUAGAUUUUAUUUUUAAUUUAUCUCUGACCUGCCAGGGAGAGGAGAGAGAAAGAGAGAUGCUGUGAGCACAUGACAAAAUAAAAUAAAAUAAAAUGGAUGAUUCACUCUCAAGUGCAGUUUUUCCCUACUUUUAAUUUAAACUGAGUAAAAGACCCCAGGAGGGGAGGACUGGCCAUUGUGUGGCUAAGCCAGAGCUCACUUGGGAAGGUGGGUGGAGAAAGGGGAGGUUGACAAUGAGGAAUUCAGAAAGACAAAAGUCUUAAGUACGGUAUUAAACCUUCCAAGCAGGUGUUGGUACCCCUUAACAGGGUUCGCUAGUUGAAUCCUCAGAGGAAGGAUUCAGAAUCCUUUUUGGCCUUUCUCAUAGGACUGGGCUAGGUGGAGGUGCUGUCCCUUGGCCCAGCUCCUUGUCUGUCCACCUGUGAGAAAGUGCAUUUUUAAUCUUGAGCAUGCUGUCCUUUCGCUGGUGGCCCCACCUGCCAAAGGGGUGCAGAGCGUCGGCGAGUAGCCACACCAAUGACCGGGACUAAAAACCCGAGAAAUCCACGAGACUGACACAUGCCCGGUACUUGCGCGUAAGAGCAGGGCCGCAGAACUAGAGCAAGAAGCCAGACUCCAGGGCUUAAGGCAUCAGAAAGCCUCCCAGCUGAGGUGAACAGAAUCUGUUCUCCCUUCGAAAACCUGCUUUAAUAUCAAGCCUACGAAGAGCUGGAUGCUUCCAGGUGCUGGGUGCUUGCUGGAUCUGCCACCACAUGCUGAGGAAGAAGAUCCGAGGACUCGAGUAAGGCCUGUCAAAGAGCUGUUACCCCUCAGACAAGUGAGAAGAGGUCCUAGACUCAGCAGCGAGAUGAGCAGGCCUCAGGCUUAACUGAGCACCAGACUUCAAGAGGCCAGCCAUCCUCCUUGCCUCUAGUUUUGAACUUCGUAGUGCAGAAGGAACGUGUGGGGCUUAGUAUAUACAUGGAACUUAGCACAUGAUUUGAGUUCUACUCCUUGUUCUGUCCAGGACUUUUUGAAGUUCAUGUCAGCCUGAAUUAGUUGAGACACAGAAUCCAGUGCACGGAUUGUCUGGAGGAGUUUGGGAUCCCACUAAAGAGCAAUUUAUUCAGCGGGAAGCUCCCAAGGCCGAGGUCAAUUAAAAGUCAUCCACAGAAGAGAGCUGAGCAACUGUGAACACAUUAGUUAGAAGAGCAGUAAUUUCUGAAGAAAACCUCAAUGCUGGACAGUCAAACCAACGUGAUAUGCAGAUCACAGAUUGAGGAUUGUCUCCGGAAUCUUUAAGCUCCACCAUCACCAAGCUUCCUUAGCCACACGACAACACCUGGAUGCGUCUGCGCAGAUUGGUUCCUACCGCUGAAAAGCAAGAUGAAGCCGAGAUGCCUGCCUUUACUAAAGUGGAAUGCUGGCCUGGUAGUGAUAUUUGUAUUUCAGUUGUAUGCUAGAGGGGAAACACUGAGCCUGGACUUAGUUGAGUCCUAUCAGCCCUAAAUUUUAAACAAGAUCUUUUUAUCCUCACGAACGACCCAACUUGCAAACCAGAUUAAUACUAGUAUCACAGAAACUGAUCAAGUUGAUUUGAUCUCAAACAGAACCCGGGUCCGUACAUAGUUUAGGAUCAGGAGCCACUGUAGAAAAUUUGGAUUUCAGAGUUCCAGUUCCACCAAAUUAUUUUGGAGUAGCAGUUUCCUCUCAUUUUCCCUUUCUCUGUGAUGGAAAUAGGGACUGUAACACACAUUCCACUGUCACAGGUCAUAAAGAUGUCCUGAGCAUACAUGGCCAAACACCAAAUGGCCAUGUUAAAAUCAAAUUGAGCUGAGUUGGAAUGAGUUCUGGAAUAUAAGAUUGUAUCUGAAAAUAAAUACUUAAAAACUCAACUAUUAAA